GAUCAAGCCUCUUCUCACGCGGUCUUGGAUUGAAUACUGAGGACUUGAUCAAGAUUAGAAAAUGAGUGCCGAGGCUAAGUCUCCGAAAUUGAAUCAACGUGACAUCGUCGAGCGUUUCAACCAAUUCCGAUUGGAGCAACGGAAUCUCACCAUGAAAUUGUUCGAAUUCGAACAAGACUUCAGUGAGCACGAGAUGGUAUUGAGUGCUCUAUCAAAAGCACGCCCUGAUCAACGAUGCUUCCGGAUGGUGGGGGAUACCCUUGUCGAGCGUACAGUCGGUGAAGUUCUCCCCGCAGUUCAACAGAAUCGAGAUAAGCUAGCCAAAAUUCAAGAGGAGUACAACAAUAAGAUAGUCGAGAAAGGCAAAGAAAUCAACCGCUUCAAGGAAGAGUAUGGAAUCCAAGUCAAGGAUGAUACCCUCCGAGUCGAGAGACCUCUAGGCAAAUCUUCGAAUGAAUCCGUACUCGUCGAAGGCAAAUGAGCGUAACAGCGGGCCCGAGAGUCAUAGUUGCUGCAUUGUUACCUCGAAGUCUGACGCCUGAGCUGUGCGUGUAGGAUUGGGGCACCUCGGAUCGCAGGAGUCUGUAUGUGAUGCCCACUCUGAGGCAUAAGGUAUCGAGUCGGUCCGAGACUGAGAAGUUCCUGGAGCCGAGGAUUGCGUCGGAAUUUAGAUGCGGAGUUUUUCGACGUCUGUCUCAGAGUGAUCCUUGUCCGCAGCUGUCAGUAAAGAGCACUCGUCGGUAUCUCCUUGACGAGACUAAUUCAAUAAACUAAGCG